AUGACACUUGAUAUACUACCAAUAUUGGAUAAGUCACUUAUAUCCAAACCAUAUAUAACAAAUGAACAACAACAACAACCAUAUUACAACAACACUAAUGCAUAUCAACAACCAAAACAACUACAUUCACCUAUUUCAACACCAUCUACUCCAAAUACACCACAAUAUAAAAAACAAAAAUUACAUUCAAAUCCUGUAAGAAAUAACAAUAGCAAUGGUUAUAUGUUGGAUGGUUUUAUGUUUAAUGAUCAAUAUAAAUUUAUAAAAAAAAUUGGAGCAGGAACUUAUGGUUUAAUAUAUCUUGUUGAAAAUAUAUAUACAAAAGAAAGAUUUGCAGCUAAAAUGUUAUUAAAACAACCACCACAAAGAGAUAAUAACAACACCAACUCAUCAUCACCAUCAUCUUCAUCUUUAACUAAAUCAUUAAUACAACAACAAUUCUACAACUACUUUACUAAUCAAAUAAUAUCAAAUCCUCAAAAAUUAAAUUUAGAAAAUAUAAAAAAUCAAACAAAUUCAAAUUGUCCUUAUUUAACUGAAAUUUCAUUACAUUUAAAAGUUCAUAAUCAUCCAAAUAUUAUAACUAUACAUGAUGUUUAUCAAUUAAAUUUAAAUUUUGCAAUUGUAAUAAUGAUGGAUUAUUUUGAACAAGGUGAUUUAUUUGGUAAUAUUAUAGAUAAACAAAUUUUUCAAUCACAUCCAAACAAACAAUUAUUAAUGAAAAAUGCAAUGUUACAAUUAAUUGAUGGUGUUGAACAUUGUAAUUUAAAUUCAGUUUAUCAUUGUGAUUUAAAACCUGAAAAUAUAAUGGUUAAAUAUAAUCCAAAUUAUAAAAGAAGUAGUAAUGAUUCAUCAAUUAUAGAUUAUAAUGAAUUACAUUUAGUUAUUAUAGAUUUUGGAUUAGCUAUGAAAUCAAAAACUAUAUGUUGUAAUUCAUGUAGAGGUUCAUCAUUUUAUAUGGCACCAGAAAGAACAACAAAUUAUAAUACAAAUAAAAUUAUUAAGAGUUUAAUUGAUAUGUCACAAUAUCCAACAUUAAAAUAUAAUUCACAAACAAAUCAACAAACAAAUGAAUCAAAUUGUAAAUAUUUACCUACAUUAGCUGGUGAUAUUUGGUCUUUGGGAAUAUUAUUUAUAAAUAUAACAUGUUCAAGAAAUCCAUGGCCAAUUGCAUCAUUUAAUGAAUCAUCAAUUAACCACAACUCAUCAAAUUCAAACGAUGUUUUCACAAACUACAUAUUAUAUAAUGAUAAAAAAAUCUUAAGUUCAAUUUUACCAAUAAGUUAUCAAUUUAAUUUAUUAUUAAAUAAAAUUUUUAAAUUAAAUCCAAAUGAUAGAAUUAAUUUAUCAUCAUUAUAUAAUGAAAUUAUAAAUUGUGAUUUCUUCAAGGAUAAUAAUAAUAAUGGUGACUACUUCGGAUAUAAAAAGACUUUAACUCAACAACAUCAACAAUAUAAUAAUAAUAAUAAUCAGUUAUAUACACCACCUGAAUCUACUGCUUUUAAUUCAUAUUCAAGUGAAUUUGAAGAAGAUGAAGAAGAUGAUGAAGAAGAAGAUGAAGAAGAAGAUGAAGACGAUAUGGAAGAUGAAGAUGAAGAUGAAGAAGAAGAAUAUUAUACUGAUGAUGAAGAUUUUGACCAAAGUACAUAUACAAAUGAAUAUUACAAUCAUCAACCUCACCACCCACAAAAUAAAUCUUCAAUACCAAAACAAAAUGAAUAUGAUGAAUUUUAUUUUACAAAUUCAAUAUAA